AUGACAUCCAGUUUACUUUCACAGUUAGAAGACCAAAUUCGCACACAGUAUGUGCAUUUCCUAGUGGAUAAAUGUGUUCUAAACGAGGACAAAAAGAUAAGCCUAGUUCGAUUGAAGCUGAGAACGAUUCCGCCUGGUUUAGUUACGUGUUCGUUUCUCGCUAAAUUAUCCCUGGACUGCAAUUUGCUGUCAUCCGAAUCAAUUGUCCUGCUCCAAUCGUUCAAGUUUCUCCAGUACCUAACGCUAAACGAUAACGAAUUGACUCUAUUCCCAGAGGAGCUGUGCCAACUGAAGUUUGUCAAGUUUCUAAACAUCGGUGACAAUCCGAUAGAGCGUCUACCUGCGGCCAUCGGGAAAUUGAAAAACCUAAUUACUCUCUGGUGUAAUGAUAUGCUCUUGGACCACCUUCCAGAGGAAAUAACGGCGCUGAGGAAGCUGAAAACUUUUGGCGUACGAAACAACAAACUCACCCACCUGCCGGAAUCGUUCGGAACGAUGAGACGGUUGAAAUGGCUGUCGUUGUCAAAUAAUCGUCUACAUAAGCUGCCUUCAUCAUUUUCUGGACUGGGAAAUUUGAGACAUCUCAACAUGGAAGGAAAUCAGUUCGAGAAAAUUCCGAUGGAAAUUACGAAACUUGCGAGUUUGAGCUUUUGCUCAUUUGCAAAUAAUUUAAUAGAGGAAUUGUCCCCGGAGUUGUUAAACAGCUGUCGUUUCAUUGGUACACUGCAAUUAGACGGAAAUCCUGUUGGAUUUACACAUAUAGAAAACACUCAACCAAGGGGAGUGAUUUACAAUUUCGAUCUGUUGGAUACAGAUAUUACCGAGGAUUGGGUGCAUAGUUUACCGAACAGCGAAAUGAAUUCAACCGAAACCAGUGCGGAUGAAACGGAAACGGAACCGCGGGAGCUUCACCUGACCAAAUUGGCUCGGUUUGGCUGUGCAGUGUAAUAAAAUUUGUUGUUAUGCAGUAUGAUCAGAACUUACCUUUUUACAGU